AUGGAAAUGGCUACUUGCGGAAAGCCUGUGGCAUCACCUCGGCAGCAGCAGCAGAGCACACCGAUGCACUAUGCCUUCCACAAUCUGGCUUCAGUAGCUGCUGAUGCUGCAGCCAGUGUACAUGCAAGUUCCCAAGGAGCACAACUCAGCGAUGCCAAAGCUAAAACUGUGCUGAAAGAAGCUGUGGAUGCUGUGAUCAACAGUUUUGCCAAACACACACAUGGCUGUGGAAGAGUAAACGUUGUGGAAGCCUUGCAAGAAUUUUGGCAAAUGAAGCUGGAGAGGGGUUCGGAUCUGACCAACGGAGCGCUGGUGGUCUAUGAAUCACAGCCAGCUACUGCACCACCAUAUGUUUGUUAUGUCAGCUUGCCCGGUGGCAGUUGUUUUGGUAGUUUCCAGGUGGUCAACACAAAGGCUGAAGCCCGACGUAGUGCAGCAAAAAUUGCCCUUAUGAAUUCCGUAUUCAAUGAGCACCCAUCAAGAAAAAUAACAGACGAGUUUAUUGAGAAAGCAAUACUUGAUGCCUUAAAUAGUUUUCAGGGUUCCUCCUCUGAUGCAGACAACCCUAGCACUGGCAUUGGUGCCUUCAAGUUCAUGCUGGAAGCCAACAGGGGUCGCUCCAUGCUGGAGUUUCAAGAACUCAUGACCGUAUUCCAGCUCCUGCACUGGAACGGCAGUCUUAAAGCUAUGAGAGAGCGCAACUGUUCCCGACAGGAGGUCCUGGCACAUUAUUCCCACCGUGCUCUCGAUGAUGAUAUGCGGUCACAGAUGGCUCUUGAUUGGAUUGCCCGAGAACAGGAAUCCCCUGACAUCAUCGCCUCGGAAUUGGAAGUAGCAGAGCGGGAUCUUGAAGCGGCAAGACUGGCAGGGAGAGAGCUGCGGUUCUACAAGGAGAAAAGGGAUAUUCUUGUGUUAGCUCUCAGCCAGAUUAACCCCAGUGAUGAAACAAUAGCUUAA